CCCACUGGCAUGCACCUCCACCAACUUUCCAAAGCAAUGAUGUCAGUGAUUUUAGUGGGCCAUGUACUGUCUACCUAUAUACAGUAGAUAUGACACCAAGUCUACCAAAAAUUUUGCUACUUUGACAACAGACAAAAGUUCACUGACCUGAAAUUAUGUGUAGAACAGAGAGGAAGAAGACAGCAGCACAGACCUCCAGCCAGAAGAAGCAACUCAGAGCACUAAAAGUCACAAAAUUUCUCCUUCCUCUCUGCUUUCACCCAAAAAGAAAAACCUCCACUACUAACCCACUGAGCAGAAACAUCCCAACAGCCAUCACUCCCAUGCUGCAGAGCCUCCAGCCAGUAUGGAGAAGUCCUCCAGUGUCCACCCCAGUUAUCCGCCGAGAUCCAGAAUGACGCCUAGGAAUGAGAGGGAGAGGGGAGCCUUGGUGCCUCCCAGAAGUCAUCGACAAAGGCCAUCGAAGGCAGGUUGGGUCCCUGAGGCAUCAUCAGUGAGGAAAGAGAGGCUACAGAAGGAGAAGCCAGAAGCAAAUGAGGUGACGGUGGAGCAAGAGCCAGAAGUGAAGGUGAAAUCCACGGUGGUGGACAUAGACAGAGUGAGAGAGGAUGAGGUCAAGGAGGAGAACCUAGGGCUCCUGGAAGCAGCAGAGCAGGAGGACGGUCUGAAGCGCAAGAACCUGGGAGUGUUUGAGUGGCUGCUGAUGGUCUUCGUCUUGGCUCUGGUUCUCCUCUUCCUCCCUCUUUCCAUCUGGUUCUGUGUCAAAGUAGUGAGGGAGCAUGAGAGAGCUGUGAUCUUCAGACUGGGUCACCUACUGCGUGGAAGACCCAGAGGACCAGGCCUUCUUUUCUACCUCCCACUCCUUGAUGUGUGUCACAAGGUCGACAUCCGACUGAAAAUGCUUAAGGUUCCUCCUCACACGGUGGUGACAAAGGACUUGGUGAGGCCAGAGCUGAGUGUUGUGUGUUAUUACCAGAUAGAGAACGUGGCUUUGUGCAGCGCAGCUCUUUCCAGUCUGACCACAGUGCUACAGACUGUGGUCCAGGCAGCGGUCAGAGACAUUCUCGCCCAACACACAUUCAACCACAUCCUGCUGCACAGGAGGAACAUCGGACAGAAGAUACAAGCAGCUGUUGACUCUGUUGCUUGCCGCUGGGGCAUCAGGAUGGAGAGAGCAGACAUAGACGAGCUCAAUUUUCCUGUGGAGUUACAGCAGAGUCUGGCUGCUGAGGCUGAGGCCAAGAGACAACACCAGGUUAGACAGGUAAAAGCAGCAGAAGGGGAGAGAGAUGCCUGGCAGGGGUUCAGGUCUUCCCUCCGUCUCCUCCAUCCUGCCCUGGUUCUUCCACUCCCCCCAGAUCUCCUCAUGACCCCUGACCUCUCAUCCCUACCACCCCCUCCUCCCCCUGCUGUUGAGGGAGACGGAGGGAUGACAGAGGGGGAUCCAGACACUGACUCGCCAAUGAUGUGACAUGUGACUGUUAUGAGAUGAAAUGUUAUUAUUUGUGAAAUGUUAUAAUUAAUUAUUAUUGGACACCUAAUGAAAGUGUGUGCCAGUAAUUCUCAGCAUAUGGUAGAAUUUCAGGAUCUUGAUCAUGUUCAAGAAAGUAACCUUCAAGCCAAAUGAUUGUGUUUAUUUAAGUACAAUUUAAAAUAUGAGUUCAUGAUAAAUGUUUUCCUGAGUGCUUUGAAAAAAAAAGUCCAACUUUUUGAAAUGUCUGCAGAAACUUUAUUUUUUUGCCUUUACAUGGAGUCAAAGACAUAUCCCAAGGUUAAACAAAACCACAGCAAGCCAUUAUAUUCAUCCUCAUACAACAGCCAAGCAGUCUGAAUAUUGGACAACCUCCUGAUACUGGAAAUAUUUUAUACUUGAGGGCAGCACUUAUAAAUUAAGCUUUUUGUUUAUUCUUGUUUUUUAUUUCUGUGUCCUUUACUGGUUUUAUGGGUGUGACUGUGAUGGAGUGCAG